GCGCGAGGGAGCUGGAAUCAGCGAGGAGCGAAAAUGUGAAGGUGGAAUCCGACUGAGCAGCAUUGUGUUGUGACUGACGCCUGUUUAUCUCUGAGAGGGGGAAAAAAACAUCACCGUCAUUCACACACAUAAACUACAGGAGCUUUAUUUGGAAUUUAUUAUCACUGGAAUUAUCCCCGCUGUGAUUUUUCUUUUUUUUCCUCCUGUAUUUUUUAUUUAUCUCUGUUCCAGGCUCUGUCCACCUUGUUAGAAAUUGACUGGGAGCAGUGUUGCGGAGAGUGAGGAGAGGAGCAUCGUUUUGGUUUUCACUGGAUCUUCUUUUUAUGACACCUUUUGGAUGGAGUAAAGUGUUCCGUGUAAAGAUUCCCUCUCAGUGUGUGGGAUUAUUCUCGACGAGGACUCUUUGUUUUAGUUAAGAGCACACUGGGCAUCAUGAGUUCCAGUGCUUAUCACCAAGGAUCUUCAAGUGGUGAACGAAGCUCUGGAUCAAUCCGGUGCCAGCGAUGUCGGGAAGCAUGCAAAGGAGAGGUGGUUCGAGUCCAAGACACCCACUUUCAUGUCAAGUGUUUCACCUGCACCGUGUGUAACUGUGAUCUGGCGCGAUCUGGAUUCUUCCAGAAGAAGGGUGAAUACAUCUGUACAGCAGACUAUCAGCGUCUGUACGGGACACGCUGUGACCGCUGUGAUACCUUCAUCACAGGAGAGGUGGUCUCUGCUCUGGGACGCACAUACCACCCCAAGUGCUUUGUCUGCAGUGUCUGCUGUAAACCCUUCCCCAUCGGAGACAGAGUGACGUUCAGCGGAAAGGACUGCGUGUGCCAGCACUGUUCUCACACACUCGUCAAGCCAAAUGAACCCAUCAAGAUCCACGGGCCCAGCCAUUGUGCUGGAUGUGGAGCUGAGAUUAAGCAGGGGCAGUCUCUUCUAGCGUUGGAGAAACAGUGGCACGUCAGCUGCUUCAGAUGUCGGACCUGCAACAUGGUCCUCACAGGAGAGUACAUUAGCAAGGAUGGAGUGCCAUACUGUGAGGCAGAUUACCACGCCCAGUACGGGGUGAAAUGUGAGACCUGCAGCAGAUACAUCAGCGGAAGAGUUCUGGAGGCCGGAGGAAAACACUAUCAUCCGACCUGCGCACGAUGCUCCCGCUGUAACCUGAUGUUCAAAGAAGGAGAGGAGAUGUACCUGACAGGAUGUGAUGUGUGGCACCCAUUAUGCAAGCAGGCGGCGAGGGCAGAGAGGAGACUCAGGCACAGACGCCUGUCAGAGGCCUCCAUCUCUCCGCCUGGCUCCUCCAUAGGCUCUCCCAGUAGAGUUAUAUGUUCACUUGGGACACUCUCCCCCUAUUCUCAGGACUAUGACAGCCUGGACAUGAGGCAGAGGCGAUGCUCCAGUCCAGGUUUUAUUGACUCGCCCACAUUUAGUCGUCAAGGCAUGUCACCCAUCAUGCCUCGCUCUCCGCAGCACUAUGUCUACCCUGGCUCUGAGAGUGGCAGGAGUUCACCUUAUUUACGGCCAAGAGGGGGUCAAGCACCUCCCACCACAAACCAGCCACCCUAACAUUUCCAUGUACCAGCCACAGGGGCACCCCACAUCUACAGGAAGCCUCCCAUCUAUUCCAGAGCGGCAACCAAAAGCCGGACCAGUGAGGAUAUCCUCAGAUCCUCCAGACUGUCCACCUACUCUCCUGAGCCAUACUCCCAGUCAGAGUCUGACUACUACCCGUACACCAGCUCCCCCAGGACCUAUCGAGUGCAGAGGAGACGCUUCUCGACAGGAGGUGAUGAAGAGAGUUGGAGUCACGGUCUUCAAAGAAUUGGGAGUGGCAUCGGGAGGAUGAUCCUAAAGGAGGAGAUGAAAGCUAGAUCUGGUUCCUAUGACAACGACCCCUGGGGCAGUGCGAGGAAUUCUCGUUGUGGGAGCAAGGAAACACUCAACACGACGGGCUACGGCACCACGGCGUACAACAACACUGUCAACGGCUCUCCCAGAUCUCAGAACAGUGCUGACAGUGAUUUUGUUUGUAUCGCAUCACUACCAGGAUAUGGACGCAAUGGCAUUCAAAGGCCUCAGAGUGCAGAUUGCUACCAGUACCAGUAUGACAGUAGCAGCGAGAUCAACUGGGGAAGCAGAGCGGAAUACAAGGUUUAUCCAUAUGAAGCGCUCAUUGUCACCACCAGAGGUCGCAACAGGCUUCCCAAAGAUGUAGACAGAGCCAGACUGGAGCGUCACGUGUCCCCAGAGGAGUUUGUCCAAGUGUUCGGUAUGACGGUGGAGGAUUUUGACCGGCUGGCUCUGUGGAAGAGAAAUGAGCUCAAAAAACAGGCCCGACUUGUUUAAUAAAAUAUGGACGUCUGUUGAAUACUGCCAUAUCAAGAGCAAGAGACUUUACUGACUGUACGAGGGGAGAGAUGGGAAGACUUCUCUAAAGUUUCACUGCCAUGGCUGAGAACCUGUUCUUUAUCUCCUUUAAUGACGAACCAAAUUCUGGUCACACCGGUGUGGACUCCUGAGGCUGCAGAGGCGUUAUGCACAGAUAUUAUGGACUGAUAAACUCUUACAUGGUUGCAGGUGGAACUGUGGCUAUGUGCUGGAGUGGCAUGUAAGCAAUAGAGACAGUAGUGCUGUACUUUUCUUAAACUGGAGGAUGAAGGAAGGUAUGUCUCUGCCCCUAUAAGGCCACAUAUACGGGGAUGUGUGUGACCAGAGCCCCAGUACUAAAACAUUAAGAGGAGAUUUUUUGGCUUUGCCUUAUUUGUUAUGCUCUCUUAGUUAUGAGUGUGCAGCACCAGCAAUCUGAAUGAGUAGAAUGUAGAUGCAGUAUAUCAUUUAUGACACUUUAUCAGUGUGAAUGAAAAGAGGGAAGAAUGGAGAAGUGAGCAUACAGCAUCAUUCUACUUUAAUUCAUGAGGUUGAGUUUUGUUGACCUGUUUUUGCUCUUCACAUGAAUUACUGUGCCCCUUUGGUUUACACUAAUUGAUGCAUAAUGAAACAAGAAACAAUCUGAGGGUGGGCAUGAAUUUUUCAGCUGUAUGUGUGACUUUCACUGAUUUGUGUGCAAAUGAAAACCAAAGUGAGAAUGCAAAUUAACAGAUUAGCCGAUCACCUCCAUGUAAUGCUCUGGAUAAUAUUUAAAAGUCACCACUAGAUACAGUUCACUGUGCAGCUGUAGGAGAACCUCAAAGAAUGUGCAAUUCAGAAGAUGAAAUAGAUUAAACAACACAAGUAAGUACUCCAGCUCCAUAUUUUCCUGCUCAUUGCAAUAGAAUGAAGUCUAAAUGUUUUAGGAUGUGGACUGCAGUCAUUCGUAAAUUUCCUACAUUCAUUAUUAUUUAUAUUCUUUGAUGAUAACCCAAUAAUUUUGUAGCUCCAGAGAUUAUAUUCACUCACAUUAAAAUGUUCUGCAAGUUAUUUAAACACACUAAGAUCCAGGGUUGUUGAAGACUUCUUUUGAAUACUGUUAUUUUUGAUUUUGUCACUACAAAUAAA